AUGGCCGUGUCUGUGGUCGGUUUUGAUGUUGGUUGCAUGAAUUCUUAUGUAGCGGUUGCUAAAGGUGGAGGUAUUGAAACAAUCACCAACGAGUACAGUGAUCGGCAGACUCCAACGUGUAUUGCUUUUGCUGGUCGUCGCCGUCUUAUUGGCACCAGUGCCAAGCUCCAGCACGCAACGAAUAUUUCAAAUACAUUUGUAAACUUUCUGCCUCUUUUGGGCAAACGGUUUGCGGAUCCAUCGGUGGUAAGGGAGCGACACUUUCUUCCCUACCGUUUUACGGAGUCUAGUGAUGGUCGUGUGUCUCUCAUGGUGAAUUUCAAUGAGUCGGAUUAUGCAUUUUCGCCUGAGCAGCUUUUAGCCAUGCAGCUGUGUAAGCUGCGGAGCAUCACCGAAACUGCGCUAUCCAGCAAAGUCGUCGAUGUGGUGAUCAAUGUACCAACCUAUUACACGGACACUGAGAGGCGAGCAGUCUUGGAUGCGUCUCGGAUAUGUGGACUCAACUGCGUUAAGCUGGUGAACGACCUCACUGCAGUUGGUACUGCCUAUGGUCUUUACAAGACCGACCUUCCAGCGGCAGAGCAAGCCCCCAGGAUUGUAGCUUUUGUCGGUGUUGGGUAUACAAGCACACAGGUUGGCAUAUGCGCCUUCAACAGCGGUAAAAUGAAAGUCCUCGCAACUGCAUGUGACCCUCAUCUUGGGGGUCGGGAUUUCGACCGAAUUAUUUUCGAUAAAUUGGCGGAGGAGUUUGAGGCGAAGUACAAGGCUAAGGUGUCAGAAAAUCCAAAGGCAACGGUUCGUUUGCUCCAGGAAUGCGAAAAGGUGAAGAAAGCUAUGAGUGCCAACUCUCAGGAACUUCCAGUCAACAUUGAGUGCCUAAUGAACGACAGGGAUUUGGCAGGAAGAAUAAAGCGAGCGGACUUCGAGGAAUGGUCUUCGGAACUUCUGUGCAAAUUUUCUGAGUUACUCCAGCGAUGUUUAUCGUUAACAAAUCUCAAGCCCGGUGAUUUGCACUCAGUUGAGCUAGUUGGAGGAAGCUCCCGGAUACCUGCUCUGAAGUCUAUCGUCGCAGAUAUUUUCAAACAAGAGGGGCGCACGACACUCAAUGCAGACGAGGCUGUCGCGCGUGGAUGCGCUUUGCAGGCCGCCAUCUGUUCACCCGCAUUUAGAGUCCGCGACUUUACCGUGACCGAAGUUUGCCCGUAUACCAUUGCUCUGCACUGGGACCGGGAAGACAGUGGUGAUCACGGUGCACAAGUGGCCACCGAAAAUGAGAAUGAAGUAACAGUUGGGAACAAAGAAACUUCCGUCGUCGUGUUCCCUGCACUUCACCCUAUCCCAUCCUCUCGGCGUCUGUUCUUCAAUCGCCGUGGGCCAUUCACCGUGGAAGCACGAUAUGCGAAUCCAGAGCAGCUGCCGAAUCAAAACUUGGUCCUUGGACAGUUUCGCAUUUGUGAUGUUCCGCAAAAGAGUAACGAAGUCAGCAAAAUCCGCGUGAAGGUGCGCAUCAACUCGCAUGGGAUUUUCGCCAUAUCGCAGGCUGAGGUUGCAGAGGAGCAUGAAAAAGAGGUUGAGGUUGAAGUUCCCGAAGAGAAACAGAACCCCAUGCCCACUCCCACAAAUGGCAAGUCUAUGGACGUUGAGACGCCGGGUAACGGUGAUGUGGCGAUGGAGACACCAGUUGCCAAUGCUACAAAUGAGGUACAGGAGCCCAAUGCAGUUCCGGAAUCUGUCAAAAAGCCAGUUCCUAAGAAAACCACUGUUAAGAAGAAAGUAGUGAAAUACAAAGAACUGCCUGUUGAAGCGUCAAUUAUGCAAUACAGUACGAAACAGCUGAACGAGUUCUGCGAGACGGAAGGAAAACUUUCUGAACAAGAUGAGCUCGAGCACAGGCGUGCUCAUGCCAAGAAUGCUGUCGAAGAAUAUGUGUAUGAGAUGCGUUCUAAGCUUCAGGAAAUACUGAAACCCUUCGCAACUCACAGAGAAUGUGAGGAUUUGUCAAAGGCUCUGGAGGAUACCGAGGACUGGUUGUACGGAGAUGGAGAGGACCUGCAUAGACAGGCAUAUGUCGAUCGUCUGAAUCAGAUGAAAACCCUGGGUGAUCCGAUCGAGAUGCGAGAACUAGAGCAGCGGACACGCACUGAUGCCGUCCAAAGUUUUCAGCAAUCAAUUGUGCAUAUCCGAAAAGUUUUGGACAGUGUUGCAUCCGGUGAGGAGAAAUACAGUCAUCUCACAGCUGAACAGCUGGGUCAGUUACGUUCGGAAUUAACCCGGUAUGAAAGUUGGCUCCAUGAACAACUUCGAAUACAGAACGCCCGACCUCUCACAGAGGACCCUAGCCUUAAAACAGCUGACAUACUCAAGCAGCAACAAGGUAUGGAGUCAGUUUGUCAUCCAAUAAUAAACACGCCUAAACCCGCUCCCACACCCCCUCCGCAACCCACUGAAAAUGCGGAUGUGAAUCACUCGAAUGAGAACAACGUGUCAGCUACGGAGAAAGGAAAUAAGAAGGAUAGCCAAGCCAAAACCCCAGAAAAAUCUGACCAAAUGGAUGUCGACUAACUUCAUCGUAAUCAAGCAGUCACUCGAGUUACUUCGUUCUCUCUCUCUCUCUGUGUGUGUGUCUCUCCGGUUCUCGUCUCAUUUAGUUUCUCAGCUUCCUUCGGCUUCUUGCACCUCUGUCGUUCUCUCAGACGCUCUUCAAAAUAUUCAAUCUUCCAUUCCUUCGGCACACAUUUAAUCCACUUGUUGUUUAUAUUUCCGUGCUCAGCCCUACGAACUGGCGAGCGUGUAUGUAUUUUCUACGUUUUGUUCGGUGUUUGUGCAAGUGCUAAUCCAGUGGAUGAAAUGAGAAAUGUGAUAGUAUGCUAUCGUGUUUCUGUUCAAUGCCAACCACCAUCCAACGGUUGAAGUGCCGAAAUUGCUUUGACCUUGACUGGCUAUGAGAAAUUACUCGGGAUAUACGCGACUGUGAUGUGCGUCUGUUGUUGUGUACUGUAGGUAAAUCUGUUUCAUGGAUUACAAUCUGCCUUAUACCAUCGUCAUACAAUCGCACUUACCGCUUGUCGUUUUAUUCUUUCGUGAAGUAUUUUCUCUUCGUUAUGCACACUGCCACACUUGAACAUGCUCCAUCGGGACAACUACUGUCUUGUGACAAUAAGACUGCUUUGCCGGUUGUUUUACCUGGAAAUGCCUCCGUCCGAGUGGAUAAAAUUGUAGCAAGAAUCUUCCGUCCUUUCGAACAUCGUUUGCACGGACAACUUUGUGCGUUUGUUUCAAAUCUGAAAAAAACUUUAUAUCAGAAAUCCAGUUCAUUCACG